AGCUUUCCCACUACGGGCAUACUGAAGCAGCAGAUCAAGCGAAAACUUUUUUUUAUUUGCUAAAACUACCAAGAAAACUCCCAAAAUGAGGGUACAAUCAAUUAGAUAGUUCUGUAAAAACAAUUGACUUAUCCACACUAAACUGCCAUCCCGAUGAGCAGACACGUUUGCACCCGCUGGGCCUUCGAUCUGGGCACAUGGACGCCCACGCUGCCGCAGCUGACGCAGGCGGUGGCAGCGAUACAGCCCGAGGAGCGCACCCGCCUGAUGAAGUUCCACUUCAUUGAUGACUUUUUGUCGUCGCUAAUUGGUCGGCUAUUAAUGCGUAAAUAUGUGAGCGUGUGCACAUCCACUGCCUACCAUCAAGUGAAAUUUGCUCGCGACGUGCGCGGCAAGCCCUACUGGGUGCGAGGGCAGAGCGAGUCGCCACCACUCAGCUUCAAUGUCUCGCACCAGGGCCAGCUGGUGCUGCUGGCUGGUAUCACCACCAGUGCGCCAGUGGAUGGCACUGAAACUGCGGAUACGGAGGCGACGGACUUUGGCAUUGGAACGGAUGUCAUGAAGAUCGAGUAUGGUGGUGGCAAGUCCCUGUCAGACUUCUUUCGACUCAUGAAGGGCAAGUUCUCGGCUCAAGAGUGGAGCUAUAUCGGCCGCCCACAGCACAAUGAAUCCGCCCAACUGAAGGCAUUUAUGCGUCACUGGUGCCUGAAGGAGGCCUACGUUAAAGAGCUUGGCGUAGGCAUCACAGUGGACCUGGAGAAGAUCAGCUUCUCUGUGGACACCACCCAUUCGCUGGUGGGGGCCGUCUCCCCGCUGACCGGCACCACACUGCGCUGCAACGACAAGCCCAUGGACAACUGGCACUUUGAGGAGCACCUGCUGGAGGAGAAAUACUGUGCUGCCAUCGCAUUCCGCAACUGCCUGCCCCAGGAUCACAGCAGGUUCGAGAUGCUGCGCUUCGAUGAGCUGUUUGCAAAGAGUGCAGACGCUGCCGAGCUGGACAGCAGCCUGGUGGCCUUCUGCAAGGAGGCGCUUCUGAAGCCCCACAAGAGCGAUCGCUAACUGAGGAUAUUUGUGUUAUCUAUAGAAUAAAUCUAGAUCUAUGUUCUAAAA